AUGUCAGCUCCAGAUCGCCGUGUUCACAUCCUGGGACUGGGCAGUAUUGGGACCCUAGUUGCCCACUCGCUGUUGUCCUCGCCUAAUCCUCCACACAUCACUCUGCUUGUCCACCGUCCGGACCUUUAUCAUGAGCUCUCCAGUGGGCGGAAGCUGGGGCUGCGACUAGGAGAAGACGGCGAGCUGCAAGAGCAGGGAGGAUUUGACACUGAACUUCUUGGGCCGUCGUCAUCAUCAGCGCCAAUUUACAAUCUGAUUGUUACGGUCAAGGCCCCCGCGACGGUAUCUGCACUGGAGGCCAUCAAACAUCGACUUGGCUCUCACUCGACAAUCUGUUUUCUUCAGAAUGGCCUGGGUCAGAUUGAAAAGCUCAAUGAGAGCCUUUUCUCCGAUGUAUCGACUCGUCCGACAUACAUGUUUGGCAUCAUGCGCCUUGGUGUUUACCUGAAGUCUUCAACCGAAGCCAUUCUUGCAAGCCCCAACGGCAGCAUUUCGGUCGGCCUUGUAGGCAGUGGGCCGUCCUCGAGGAGCUCUCAACACCAGGUCCUGCUGGACACUCUCUUAAAAUCGCCUGUCCUUGGAUGUGAGGAGUUGGAAUGGUCAGAUCUACUUCAAAUGCAGCUGUUGAAGCUGGCCUCGAACUGCAUAAUCAACCCUUUGACGGCUAUACUCGAUGUUCGAAACGGACGCGUCAACGAGAAUGCGGACGUUCAGCCUCUGCGGCGCCGCAUCCUCGAAGAAGUUUCUACUGUUUUUGAAAACCUCCCCGAAGUCCAGAGCUUGCCAGCCGGUCGAGCCUCCUUUUCUGUCGAGUCGCUCGAGGCCGUGGCCAGAGAUACGACUGAAAAGACGGCGCAGAACUCGAGCAGUAUGCGCGAGGACAUUCGCAAAGGGCGAAGUACUGAAAUCGAAUACAUAAACGGCUGGAUCGUCAAGCGCGGCAAGGAGCUGGGGAUUGGCUGUGUUGCUAACUCGUUAGUGACCCAGAUUGUACUCGCAAAGAGUGCUGAAAAAACGCAUCAAUAG